AUGUUCUACGAAGGCGACAAGUUUCCGUCCAUGGCGCCGUACUUCUGGCAAAGCAUAAAACGACAAGAGAGGAAGAUGGAGGUUUUGUUCAUGCAGAGAGGUGGAUGUAGUGACUUGAGGGAUAUACCGAACGUCAAGCAAGUGUGUCUAUCCCACAAGAGAUUCUGGGCUGCCCACCGCGACUACUUUUGCGCUCGAUGGAAACGCGGCUGUUCGAGAAGUCAAAGAAGACUCAUGCUGGACGACAUGAUCACAUUGGAUCAUCUCUCAACGCCACAAUCGGUAUAUCCAAUAUUGGUAUCUUUGUCGGAGACUUCUCUCGAACCUUCCCUUACGGGCCCUCCCCCUUUCGUCAGGUCAUUCUCUCCCGCCGGCAUCCUCACCCACCCCGACUCCCUUUCUCCAAAGAAGAACGAGCUCCCUACCUUCCCACUAUCCACAGCUCGCCAUCUCUCCAGCGCUGUGCCCCUCACCGAACCCCCGACCGUCUCUUCCUUCACCGACAAAUCCAAAUCCUUCGCCAUCACCGUCAGCCAAGGCUACACCCCUCCCGACUACGACGUAUGGUUCAACUCGUCUUUCUGCAGCUGGUACUUUGCCAACGCCAUACCCGUUGACGACAACCGUGCGCCGGCAGUGGUGGGAAAGCAAGAGUGGAAGCGGUAUCUUACAAAGAUAGGAUGCGUUUGGCGAGAGAUAUUGGAGCCUGAGAAUGAGUGGGACGGAAGUGUCGGUGGCGUAGAUGGCGGCGAGAAGAUCAGGGGGAGCUAUACGUGGCUCUAUGCCCAUUGGCAGGAGGACAAGAAAAGGUCACAUUGGCGCGCUCUUCCCUCACAUCCUCCGCUACCCGACAUCCUUGUCUCCUACUUUUACGAAGGUCUAGCGGCAUUUGACGGAGACGCAGGCGAGCGGAUAUUCUGGUUACCAAAGAAAGAAGAGUCGUGUACGCAUUCUGGAUGUGUCGAAAUUGGAUCUCCAUUACCUGGCUCGCGUCCCGAAAUGCUCCCAUUGCACGAAGCCCGAAUCGACUUUGAACAAUGGUAUGUUCACUCGAAGCAACUACACGAUAUCCGACAUGAGAUGGUCGAGGGUCCGAGGGGAGUCUAUGAUCGAGUGCACGAAAGAGGGUGGGCUGUUGCGGGGCAUGAAAGUCAGUUUUUGGGGGAGAUUGGGAGUCUUGAGGGCGCUGAGAGGUAUCGGGAGGAGACUUGCGAAUUGAUGCGAAGCUAUCUAAACUGUAUCAAAGUCUUUCAAUGGAAUUCCACCGUCCGCAAAUCCGACCAUCAACAGGCCACCAUCGAUGAAAUAUGGGGGCCGAAUUUUGUACGGAUGGCUACGAGGCAAGAUCCUACAACGUUCAAGCGGAGUGUGAUCAUCAACAUCUGGCGGCCUCUCAAAGGCAAGUCUCCCCCUCCUCCAUCUUGCCCCCCAUCACUGAACAUUCAAGCAGGCCCCGUGACCACCUCCCCGCUCUGCAUGCUCCACUUCCCCACCCUCUCCCCCUCCGACACCGCCAAACAAGAAUCCCACUUCGGCACCGGUAUCCAGACCAAAUCCACUAUGCCCCCUCCCAGAAAUGGUGUUACCUCCGACACAUGA